GAUUCUACAGCGUUUGAUUGUGAUAUUUUGGGACAGCUGCAUCUGGAUACGGAGUUCUUGGUUGGUUAUCUCUCCCUAUCUCAUACCUUAGGGAUCGCCCAAGGGCAAUCCCAUGUCUAUGAACGAUUGAUACGUUAAUGGUUACAUAAAAUGCGUUGGGGCUAUAUGAUCCUCAUCUAUAAGUACGUAGGCUACCGAAUAAAAACUCGCGUCUGUUCACUCGCGAAUGUUCCUCAUUUCUCUUCCUCGUCGGUCCCCCACCAAAGCCACGGCACUUGGGGGGUUACACAGAUUAGCGCCACAUCCCCCAAUCUCCGAAUGAUGACGUGCCGUGAUGCCACCACAAGACAUUCGUCCACACGUCAGGAUAUCUACAUCCACUUGUCCACACCUGUGAGCAGUGCUCGCCGAGGACACCCUCCCACUUCAGUACACCAUCCCAAGGCCGGAUCAGCACUUCCAGACCCAGUCGCGGCCCCAGCCCGCCUGCCCAGCCCGCUCGCUCGAUCGCUGCAGCCGCCGCCGAUCUCCUUGAGCACAGCACCUCACCUGCACCACACCACACCACCGCCCGCUUGUGCGGCGCACGGACCCCUGCACUAAUGAACGUCAUCCACACACACAUCUCAGCCCCAUGCGCUAGCUGAACCCUUUGCCUUCUCAUUGACGCCAUCUCAAGUAGACCACAUUUGACGAUACCAACCAAACACUCCAUUGCUCGCUCGCCGUAUAUGAGUCUCCUUCGCAACUUACUGCGGAGAUUACCCACGCGCACUGCCACGAGAGAAUACGCGCACGUGCACGAUAUUCAGAUCAAGUACGCGAGAGCGC